AUGUGGCUUCAUGGCGAAUUGCUAGCCCUCGUUCUGCUUCAAGUGGCAUUCUUAAUCAUUUUCACCGGUGCGAUCUUAUUCUCAACCCGCGGACAGAAGACUGCUCGUAUGAUCAGCGUCGCAGUACUGGCUGCGAUAACUCACGGAGCCCAGUCGCAAUGCUUGGGAAUUCUCUCGAACCCCCACUGGCGGGCAAUCGCCACGCCACUAUGCUGGAUUCAAUUUCUUAGCGCCUCGCAACUGACUCUGAGCGCAAGCACAUUUGAGCUAAACUUCCGGCAACCGUUUCCUGGGCACUGGUCACGGGCUUGUUUGGUGUUGCCAAUGCUGUGGAACCUGAGGAGAGUCGGGACGCCAUUGCUAGCGAAGAAUACGCCACCCAGUCCGAAGCAAAGCCGCCUCAGAUUCAUCUCCGAGCGAUUACUGACAACGACCCUGGCGUAUCUAACCCUGGACUUGAUAGUGUCGAGCCCGGCGCCUAGUGUUGCCAUGGUCGGCCAUCCAAAACAAACUUUGUGGAACUUUCAUGCUCUGUCUCGGGAGGACUUCGUGUUCCGAAUGAUCGCCACAGCUACUUUCUGGAUCAGUGUUGCCCUUCUUCUGCUGAUCAUUAACAACUGUGCAGCGAUCCUGGGUGUGAUCUGCGGGUGUUAUUCCCCAGGUGACUGUCCCCCGUUGUUUGGGUCAUUUGUCGAUGUGAAAAGCAUCCGCCAAUUCUGGGGUGCGGCAUGGCAUCAGUGCCUGCGGGUCACCCUCACCACCCACGCAAAUAUUCUGGUCGACUUAGUCUUCCGUAUCACCGGAGAGACUGCGUUGUCAAAGUACACUCGUCUGUGGUGUGCAUUCAUGAUAUCGGCUCUCAUUCAUCACAGUUCUGACAUUGCUAUGGGCAUCGACCAGACAGAGGCUGGUAGUGCACUAUUCUUCUCCUUACAGGCAUUGGGAAUCAUGCUAGAAGAUGGGUUUCAAGCCUUCGUAUACCGUUUUCCUUUAAAAAGAAAGGGUCAACGUUGGAAUAAGGCGAGGUUGUUCGGUCGCCUUUGGGUCAUCAGCUUUCUCGUCUGGUCAACGCCUACAUGGUCUUAUCCCCAGCAGCGCCUUGGAGUAGAUGCGGCAAUGUUGCUCCCAGUUCGUAUCACUCCAAUUUUAGUACAUGCGAUAGCUCGUUUAUUUCCGGCCAUUAGCGCAUGAGACUUUUUGAUAUUGCUUUCUGCAAACACUGAAACCUCAAGAACUCCAGGCUCUGGUAGCCCUGCUUC